GGCUGGCUGGCUGGCUGGCUGGCUGGCUGGCGGGGCCUGGGCUGGGCAGGGCGCCGUGAUGCCUUCGGCGGGCGGCUGCGAGUCGGGCCCGGCGGCGGCGAGUUCGGGUCCCGGCGAGCGCGCUCCUGCUGCUCCUGCUGCUGCUGCUGCUGCUGCGGCUGCUGCCCCUCCGCGCCCGCGCUUGUGCGGCUACCUGCAGCGCCUGUCGGGCAAGGGCCCCCUGCGGGGCUUCCGCAGCCGCUGGUUCGUCUUCGAGCCGGGCCGCUGCUCGCUCUACUACUUCAAGGGCCCGCAGGAGGCGCUGCCCCUCGGACGCCUGGACAUCGCCCGCGCCGCCUUCACCCUCCACCACCACGCCACUGACCACCACCAGUACCCCCCGGCUUCCGCCGCCGCCGCCGCCGCCGAGGGACAUGCAGCAGGCGACCCCCAGCCCCACCACGGCCAGCCGCCCGACGCCCCCCGCGGCACCGCCUUCGAGAUCCACAGCCCCGGAGGCGCCGUCACCGUCCUCAAGGCAGCCACCCACCAGGACAUGACUUACUGGCUGCAGGAGCUGCAGCAGAAGAGGUGGGAGUACUGCAACAGCCUGGAUGCCGCCCAGAGGGACAGCCGGAUGUCACCCACCCCCAGCCACUUCUCCAAGGGGCUCGUUGCCAAAGACAACGCAGAUUUGAAUGCCGUGCUUCCAAACGCCUCUGCGGAGAAGGCCAGGAACGUCCUUGCGGUGGAGACGUCUCCCACGGAGCUGGUGGGGGAACAAGCGGCGUGCCACCCGGUCCCAGGGCAGCCGAACGCCAUCAACUUUGCCUUGAAGCAGUGGGGGAACGAGAUCAAGAAUUCGGUGAACUCUUUGAGAACGGGCAAAGGAAACAGUGAGAACCGCAAGAGUAUCUUUUACACGGAGGAGUGGGAAAUGCUCGACCCAACCCCCAAGGAUCUGGAGGAGUCGGUGGCUCAAGAAGAGAAGAGGAGGCCUUUCUCAGAACCCAGCAAAGGCAGUUCCGCCUCCUCCUUUCCAUUUGAUUUUGGCCGCAUUCCACACAAAACGAGGCGUCCUUUAAAGGAAAUAAUUGCAACCAGCCGAAAUCGGAACAGCCUCGACUCCUCUCCUGCGGAGUGCAAUGGCGGCGGCAGCGGCAGGCGGGCCUCGGAGAUGCAGCUGAAAUUCCAAAGCCAGCAGGAGGAGCUGGAGGGCCUCAAGAAGGAACUCUGCAGCCAGAAGGAACUCGUGCGCCUCCUGCAGCAGACCGUCCGGUCAUCCCAGUACGACAAGUACUUUGCCGGUCAUCUCUGCGAGGUCGGCCCCAAAGACAAGCUGGAGCUGCUGCACCAGAAGGACCACCAGAUCCUGGGCCUCAACAACCAGCUGGAGAAGCUGACGCUGGAGAAGGACGCCCUGCAGCAGGAAGUGCGUGCCCUGAAGUGCAAGGCCGGGGAGCUGAGCGAGCAGCUGGGCAUGCUGAUGGAGACCAUCCAGGCCAAAGACGAGGUCAUCGUGAAGCUCUCCCGGGAGCUGACGGAGUGCCAGGAGCAGCCCUCUGGCCCCGGCGGCUUGACUCAGGCGUCCACAUCUUCCUCCUCCACCAACAAGGAGCUGCUGGAACUCGACAGGCUGAACGACACUCUUCAGGGUUACAAAACCCAGAACAAAUUUCUGAAUAAGGAGAUCCUGGAGCUUUCAGCGUUACGAAGAAAUGCCGAAGACCGCGAGCGAGACUUGGUGACAAAGUGCACCACCUUAGAAGCCAAACUCUGUCAAGUGGAAAGCAAAUACUUAAUUUUGCUCCAAGAAAUGAAGACACCUGUUUGCUCAGAGGAGGAGAGGCCCUGCCACGACGUGGUUGCUCAGCUUCUGGAAGAUGCCUUGCGGGUGGACACGAGUGACCAGCCAGAACAGACUGUCUGUAAACCUCACCUGGUCAGCGAGUAUGACAUUUAUGGUUUUCGAACAGUUCCAGAAGAUGAUGAGGAAGAGAAGUUGGUCGCCAAGGCGCGGGCCUUGGAUUUGAAGUCCCUGUCCCUGACUGAGAACCAGGAGAUUUCUCUGGGGGUGAAAUGGGAGAACUGCCUGGCCGGCACGGUCAACAGGGAGAUGGGGCGCUGUGUUGAGCUGAAGAACCUCAUCCGCUCGGGCGUUCCGCACGCCCAUCGCUCCAAAGUCUGGAAGUGGUGUGUCGGCCUCCAUGUCAAGAAGUUCAAGGACAGCGCUGAGCCGGGCUACUUCCAGACCCUGCUUCAAAAUGCCCUGAAGAAACAGAACCCGGCCUCCAAGCAGAUCGAACUGGACCUCCUGCGGACCCUGCCCAACAACAAACACUACGCGUCUCCCACCUCCGAGGGGAUCCAGAAGCUGCGGAACGUGUUGCUCGCCUAUUCGUGGCGGAAUCCAGACAUAGGAUAUUGCCAGGGUCUCAACAGGCUGGUGGCCAUUGCACUUCUCUACUUGGAGCAGGAAGAUGCUUUCUGGUGCCUCGUGACAAUCGUGGAAGUCUUCAUGGCCCGGGAUUAUUACACGAAAACUCUCCUCGGAUCCCAGGUGGACCAGCGAGUCUUCAAGGAUCUGAUGAGUGAGAAGCUGCCCCGCCUCCAUGCCCACCUGGAGCUGCACCGCGUGGACUACUCGCUCAUCACCUUCAACUGGUUCCUGGUGGUGUUUGUGGACAGCGUGGUCAGCGACGUCCUCUUCAAGAUCUGGGACUCCUUUCUGUACGAGGGGCCCAAGGUCAUCUUCCGCUUCGCCUUGGCUCUCUUCAAGUUCAAGGAGGAGGAGAUCCUAAAGCUGCAAGACUCCAUGUCCAUUUUCAAGUACCUCAGAUACUUCACCCGCACCAUCCUUGAUGCCAAGAAACUCAUCAGUAUUGCUUUUGGGGACCUGAAUCCCUUCCCGCUGCGCCAGAUCCGGAACCGGAGGGCCGUCCACCUGGAGAAAGUCCGCCUGGAGCUGAUGGAGCUGGAAGCCAUCCGGGAGGACUUCUUGCGUGGGCGGGAAACCGACCCCGACAAAAGGGACCUCAUAAGUGAUGACGAGGAAGACGGCUGAGGUUGCCUCCCGGCCCCAGCUGAGACUCUCCUUUGGAUUAGGUGGUGACCAAAGCUUGGGGAGUGUUACAGCUCCCUGCCCGUCUGUCUUAAUGAUCCUUCGUGGUAAGCCAUGGCAGCUGGAAAUGUGCAGGGCGGAUUUCCAAAGCUCAGCACUUCGAGGCCAAAAUGGUCCUAUUCCCCCCACCCCCACCCCCCCACUUCCUCCUCCAGAGGCCAAACGGUUCUGACUCUGUGCCAAGCACUUUCGGGCUUCUGACUGAGGCAUCCAUUUUUGUUUCGUUUUGUUGCCUUUGAAAGGCCUCUUCGUAUGUUCUAUGUCAGGGGUCUGCAACCUGCGGCUCUCCAGAUGUCCAUGGGCUACAAAUCCCAUCAGGCCCUGCCAGCAUGGCCAAUUGGCCAUGGGAAUUGUAGUCCGUGAACAUCUGGAGAGCCGCAGGUUGCCGACCCCUGUUCUAUGUAGAAGAACCAGUUGUGAAAAGGGUGUGUGUGGGGGGGGGCUGUUCGUUUGCACACUCCUUCAGUUCCCCCCAAAAGCAACUUCACCGUGUCCUGCCACGAUUCCUCCUUGCUUCCCUCCUCCUUCCGUUUGUGCUGGAAGUCCCGUACUUAUGCCCUUGGGAGCUCCAGAACGGCUGUCUUGUCAUCUCAUGACCUUGUCCUUGAUUUCUACAACAUGGUGUGUGUGUGUGUGUGUGUGUGUAUCCCUCUUACUGGUGCCUGUGCUGUACUGCCACAGUUAUAGGAAGUAUUGGGGCCACUUGGUGGCAUUGGGACCAUCAUGGUGUCACUUUUCCAAACUUAGCUGUGAAGAGCUGGUCUCCAGUCCUGGUCUGUGAUCUCAUGGCUUGUUUAGUUUCGUUCCCGCUGCAGGGAAUCGACCUGUGUCCCUUGAGAUGGCCAGCCGGGGGUAGUGUUUGGGCACCUCGGACUAUGUGAUUGUCAACUUUAUUCCAGCCCUGAAGCACGUAUGAAGGGGUAAAGGGUGGGGGGAGCAGCCUGGAAAUCUUGCAGGGGCUGUUUCUUUUCCCCCUGCUGCCAACAGUUCUCCUGCGUGCCUCUCCGAAUUGCGUGUGCUACAUCAGGACCUAUCAGCUCCUAGGUGCCAGCCGUUUAGCCAUUCCGACAGCAACCGUCUGCUUCUGCAGAGGCCUCCAUUCCACCUGAACUCUCUUGAGAAAACAUCUCACACAUUCCCCAACUUGGGACCUUGCCAGCGGCAAAUGACGUACCAGACUUCGACAGACUGACACGAACCAAGCUUGUGACAUCCUUUUGCGUGACACACAGUUCCGUGGGAUGUUUCCAGUGGAAGCGAGCGGUCGUUGCGAGAGCCCCCGUGAAUAUUAGACAAACGAGGAGCAUAGAGGCCAACGAAGAACAGUCGAUGUAGCCGGUGACUUCACCCGUUUCUUCUUUCCUACAACUUGAAACGUUUUGUCUUAGCAUUUUUUCUGGGUCUCAUUUAUGGCAAUGAGCCUUCUGUGCUUUCUUUUUUUGUAAAGAAUUUCAGGGCGUCUUACAUAUUAUAUAUGCAAAAUUAUCUUAUGCAUGGUUUCUGUUUAAGAAUUGUGUAGCCACUCCACUGAGGUCACUUGUGAAAGAUUUCCAAGCUGGACGGGUUUAUCUGUUUUUAUUUUUAUUUUUGUUACACUAGAGACGGAGAUUGUCUGGCACUACAGACUUCGUUCUGGCUGAAUUGGCGCGAUGUAAACAGUGUUCCUAUAAGAGGGGGGUCACUGAACUGUCCACGAGGAGUGCCACAUCCAACCUGUAUACGGGGAUUCCCGGUGGGAUCUCUCUGGAGCCCCUUGAAAUCAGAAAGUCAACCCCCGGUUUGCUUUUCAUGCUGUGUUUGUUCUCUGUAUCGUGAGCAGGAACAACGAGCAGUUUGCAGUGAGUCAGGGGGAUGCCUGUGUGAACGUGGAUCCCUUUUCAGAUGGAGGAACACACACCCCUCCACCCUGCUCGCCCCCUUCCUUGUUCAGGGGUCUUGACCUCUUCUUGCCUUGGGCAGCGCUGUUUCAGAGACAGCCCGGGAUGCCUAGCACGACGCGAGGGUUGCGGUUACAAAAUGUAAACAAUUUCUGCUGGAAAUUCUUGUAAAACUGAACAAAAACAAAUAAAUAAUUACUUUUU